AUGACCUCGGAGAUCUACCCACCUCGCGCCCGUCGAUACAUCGACAACCAGCUGGUCCUUCCUCCACGCUUUUACCCCGAUCCAGGUCCAGAAGGGUUUUAUCCAGAACUGCAGUACCCCGUACAGAUCCGACUGGGUAUCCGAUUCAACCCUCUCCUGCAGAAACAGGUAUACUUCCAGAUGAAUGCCGUUUACAUCGCUGGAAUGAGUUUGGAUAUGACAAAAGAUAAACUUAAAAGUCAUCUUAGUGGGAUAACCGAUAACUUCAUAUUCACAGAGUUUAAGAAACAUCCUCAUCGAGAAGUCAUGCUCGCUUGCAUGGAAUUUGCGAGUCUGAAAGAUGCGGAUGAUGUGAUUUGCUUCGUUCGAGCACAUACUCGAAUUUUUGGUGGUAACAGAGUGAUAGCUCGUUAUUCGGAUAUCCAACCGAACGCUGAAUCCACUAGAGAUAUCCUUUUGAGUCGAUUGCAGCAUUAUAACUUCCCGUUCUUCAGGCUGAUGGUCGUUCGUGCAUGUCAUAGCUCGUCCGUGAAGAAUUAG